AUGCUGGUGGCGUUGCCAAUGCCACCUUGCUCGCUCCAGCAAAUCCCAGCCCCCCGCUCGCUGAUGGGCAAGCUCAGCACUGACUUCCAAGAGAUCCCCAGGGAUGAGAUCCCACAAGCUCGAGCCUUUGACAGGCAGAUGGGGACAGACCAGCAAUGCCUAAAUUUUGAGUCGUCCUGGAAGCAGGGAUUCAUUACAACCAAGAAUUCUGCUUCUGCACCUCAUGCUGAUGAGGCACUGAUCCAGCCACUGAACCAGCACGUGUUCUCAGGCUGUUCAGGGCGUUGUGGGAAUACACUGAAUGUUGACACAACUGGAGCUUUGGGGGCAGCUGUGAAACCAGACGGUCUGAGCUGGAAGUCCCUGCCCCAGAGAAGACAGCAGAAGAACAUGGAGAAAUACCAGGCCAAGAUGGCAAAAGGUGGCAAUGGUGAGGGUCUUGCUGCAGCUGUGAUUGAUUGCUGGUAUUAUCUUUCAAGGGCAGGGACAGAAGUGAAGGAGGGCCUGGGUGACCAUGAGAAUGCAUUUGGCUCAAUGCAGACACUGGCUGGCUUUGCCUGUGCCAUGAGAAGUGCUUGUGUCCUCUCCAUACAGUCACAAAAGAGGCUGGCAAACAGUGGGAUCUCAGCCUAUAAUGCAGGAGUGAACACCAUCCAGACUUAGGACAAAAUGGAUACUGGCAAAACACACAACUAUGCCAAUAAUGUGGAUGCGAGAGCCAGGUUUUAUAAGAAAAAUGGAUAUUGA